CCCAACUUUUCUUCUCUACCUUGCCUUCACAUUUCCAAACCCAAACUUUUCUCCAAAGCUUUGAUUGCUUCAACUUUUUCAAAUAUAAUAAUAUUUGUUGCCAGCUAUGGCAGCUGCUGGUAAACUCUCUGUCUCUUCGGUGAUAAUCAUGGUGAUGGUGGUAGUGUUAGCAGCCACCAUUUCCAACCCUGUUUCUGCAGAUCCAGAUCUGCUUCAAGACGUUUGUGUUGCUGAUCUCAAUUCUGCUGUGAAAAUGAAUGGUUUUGCAUGCAAGGCAAACUUCACCGCAACAGAUUUCUUCUUUGAAGGGAUAGCCAAACCAGGCCUAACCAACAACUCAAUGGGUUCACUAGUGACUCUAGCCAAUGUUAUGAAAAUCCCAGGGCUUAACACCCUGGGUGUGUCGAUGGCUCGCAUCGACUACGCCCCGGGGGGCCUCAACCCGCCCCACACCCACCCGCGUGCAACCGAGAUCAUCUUCGUGCUCGAAGGCGAAUUGGAUGUUGGGUUCAUCACCACUGCCAAUGUACUUGUUCCUAAGUCAUUGAAAAAGGGUGAUGUUUAUGUGUUCCCCAAAAGUUUGGUUCAUUUCCAGAAGAAUAAUGGGAAAGUUCCCGCCGCUGUGAUCGCUGCCUUCAAUAGCCAGUUGCAGGGCACUCAGGUCAUCGCCACCACGUUGUUCGCCGCUACACCGCCGGUGCCGGAUAAUGUGUUGGCUAUGGCUUUCCAGAUUGGUAACAAGGAGGUUGAUAAAAUUAAGUCAAAGUUUGCACCAAAGAGUUAAGGAGAGGGUACAUGGAGUGGUGGUGUGUUGUUUUAUUUUAUUUACUGUCUAUUGAUAAAAAAAUUGUGAGGGAGAAGAAAAAAAAAAUCUGUCUUCUGUAUGUGAAAAUCCAGAAAAUGUAGUAUUCCAUCUGUGAGAUGCUGUUGUUUUAAUUACCCAGAAAUAAGACAGGAGAGAUUUUCAUGUUGGUUGUCAC